AUGAACGAUACUGGUGAUUUAUUGGUUGUGGAUAAACGAUAUUGCAAUAUUAUUACAUCAACGUACAAUCCAACCCUACAUUCAGAUAGUUCAAGUGGAAUUAUGUAUGAAUAUCAUCUUGACAGUUUUCAGCGGGUGGAGUUUCGUAUGAAACGACAUAUUGUACAUGCACCACUUGAUCCAAAUCUUGUUGAAAUCAUUAAAUCCAAUUUUGGAAUCUUACCACAAUCUUACUCUGCAAGUGAAAUUGCUCAUUCAAUUGGAUAUUUUCGACAAAUCAAGUGGGAUAAACGGUUUGCAUUCAAAUAUGAUAGAAAAUUUGAGAAUGAAAGUGGAUGGUCAGAAUUAUUCCACUUGAAUGGACCGGAUGAAUUUUAUGUUCCUCAGUAUAUUGAUUUUGGAGAGGUUGUAAUUGGAAAGGAGAGAAUCAAUUCAUAUGUUGAUAUGCAUUUAACUGUGAGUGUUGAUAGAGAUGGAGCAUUGGAAUAUAUACACAUUUACAGAGAAUGGAAAAAGGUAGUUUCAAUAGGUGUGGCAGAUUUUCUCCAAAACAUGAAAUCUGUCUUGGUAUUGAAAGAUAAAACGAGAUUGUUCACUUCUUACUAUUAUGAAAUAGAUAUUGUUGCCAUUCAUCAAUAUCUUUACGAGAAUGGAAUUAUCAACCAGAGAACUAGAGAGAUUGAUUCCAACAUUCUGAUAAAAGCUUACAGAACUGUGGCAACCACCAACAAUGAAUUCAUUUCUGAUAUUUUCACAUUCCUCAAGGAUUAUAAGACCAAAUCUCAAUUACUGGAAAUUGAUAGAGCAUUAUUCAGAGUUGAGGAUUUACUAGCACUUGCGUGUCGAUUUGAAUUGAAUCAAUUUUUCAGAAAGAUUAUUCUAAUGCCAGAAGAGGAAGAUGAAUAA